GGAAGGAAUAGACCACGAAUAAACUACAAAAAUACCUCAUCACUAAAAAUAUAUCACAGAAUGGCAUCCAACAACGGAGAGAAUCCAGGUGCUACCACCGGCGGAAGCAACAACAACCCUAAUGUCUCUACGGAAGACCUUCCCCCUCUGAUUCCCGGAAGGGAGCGGCACGUCCUGCAAAGGCGCGAGGAACUCCGGUUCGAGGUUACCUUUGGCGGGUCUGCCUCGUCCACGAUGAGCAACGCCUCUGGAACCACUACCUUUUGCCUGCAGAAAGGAUCUUGCGAGCUCUACGGCUGCGAAUUGGCCCUGGGAAAGACCUAUACCAUCGCCCACGGGGGAGUCAAGGCGGCACUCUUCACCUGGCACGGCUGUGUGGUAGACCUGGGGGCCGCCGACGACGGGGAGGGAAGCACUUCCGGGGUGGAGUUUUUCUCCUACACCAGCGACGAAACCGAUGCCAAUGUGGCCUUUGUCAAUGCCCACGCGCAGCUGGAGGCUCUAAGAGACGACGCGGCGGCGGAAAACUUUAACGCAAAAAGCGGUAGCGAUGCGAGCAGCGGCGGCAGCAACGGACAGGGACCACGGGUCAUGAUUGUCGGGCCACCCGAAUGCGGGAAAACGACCCUCACAAAAACCCUGGUGGCCUAUGCUUGCAAGGUCGGACGGACCCCGCUCAUGGUCGACCUGGAUCCGAUGGACAACACCAUCUCGGUCCCUGGAGCUCUUGCAGUGGCCCCGAUGCACCAGUCCGCGGUUGCGGUCGAAACGUAUGCCACCACGGGUCUUCCGGUAAACGGAGGGGGGACUGGCGGCGCGGGAACCGGCAACAGCAACACCAAUGGCUCAACGCCCGCUAUUCAUCCGCUCGUGAUCUACCACGGAUCGACGGCAAAACUCCACCCCGAUCUCUUCCGGGGCCAGGUCGAUUCGCUGACCGAGUGCAUCGAAAAGCGCCUGCAGGCCGACGAGCUUGGCCGGUCUUCGGGGAUUAUUGUCAACACCAACGGAUGGAUCCGGGACGAGGGAUACGAUUGCUUGCUUCACGCGGCAAAGGCCCUCAAGAUCACCGUCCUUCUGGUGGUCGGACACGAUCGCUUGUACAGCAUGCUGACGAGCCACUACAAGAAACAACAAAAACACCACGAAGAACAACUAGCCGCUGCGGCCGAAAGCGGCGAAGGAAGCACGAUACCACCGCUGCCCCCGCCGCCGAAAAUCCUCAAGGUGCCCCGCUCGGGGGGGGUUGUGAGCCGACCGAGCCGGUUCGUGGCAAGCUGCCGGUCCCGGGCGGUCAAGCGGUACUUUUACGGAGACCUAGUGGCCGAUCCAAACAACAAUUCCACGGGCGAUACCAUCGACGACGGGGCCGGCAAGCCCCACCGUCUCGUCAACCAGCUCACCCCCUUUGCCAUCCAGCUCCCCUUUGCCGAGAUAAAGAUCUACAAGGUCAGCAGCAUGGCUCUGAGCAAUUCGCUGCUCCCGGUCAACGCGGCCCACCAGUCCACCGACGCCAUCCAGCUCGCCGAGAUCGACAUCGUGGGGGACCCAGAGGCCGCCAAGGGCCUCCAGCACGCCUUGCUGGCCGUCUGUCACCCAACGGCAGUCGCUAGGUACGAGCAAACAGGCAAGGGCCGGGACCUUGUCACGGCGGGGGUGGCGGGCUUUUGUGCCGUCGACAAGGUCGUCACCGAGACGGACCAGAUGCACCUCCUGAGCCCCUGCGCGGGCGUGCUGCCCUCCAAGACCUUUGUGGUGGGGGACAUUACCUGGAUGGAAUAAACACAUUGAAAUACAGUGAAACACCACUAGCAGUCGUAAUUGUUAUAGAAACGACAC